AUGGCCUCCGCUGAGCAGCACAGCGCACUCUUCAAGCCCCUUCGCAUUGGCAGCAGUCACCUUUCCCAUCGGAUCGCUCUUGCACCACUCACUCGACGUCGAGCCCAAGAUGAUCACACCCACACGGUUAAUCUCGCCAGCGAAUACUACGCUCAGCCUGGCGUGUACAACAACAUACCAGGGAUCUACACACAUAGGCAUAUCGAAGCAUGGAAGCAGAUCGUGGACAAGGUCCACGAGGCCGGUGGAAUCAUCUUCCUUCAGCUAGCAGCGGUAGGGAGAUUGGUAGACCUGGAGGAUUGGGAGUCUCAAGGCAGACCAGAGUUAUUCUCUGCUUCUGCGAUCCCCGUGGAUGAGGACUAUCCAGUGCCGACUCCCUUGGACGGGGAGAGCAUCGAACAAUACAUCGAAGACUUCGCAACAGCGGCAAAAGCAGGUGUGGAGAUUGCUGGGUUUGAUGGCGUCGAGAUACAUGGUGCAAACGGACUGUUGGUCGAUCAGUUCAUUCAAGAUGGGACGAAUCAGCGCAGCGACUCUGCCGUGGCCAAUGCUGUCGGUGCCGAUAAGACGGCGAUCCGACUUAGUCCAUUCAGUCCAUUCCGAGGAAUGGGCAUGAAAGAUCCAUUGCCUCAGUUCUUGGACCUCCUGACGAGGCUGAAACCUUUGAAGCUGGCGUACAUACAUCUCAUCGAACCGCGAAUUGCUGGAAGCUUAGAGGUUGACACACACGACACACUUGAGCCAUUGAUGAAGCACUGGUCAAACACAUCUCCCGUUGUUCUAGCUAGCGGAUAUACUCCUAGCUCAGCCCUGGAGGCAGCUCAGGCGUUCCAGCAGUACGACAUCAUCAUUGCCUUUGGUCGACAUUUCACUGCAAACCCUGGCUUGGUCUACCGUAUCAAGAACACCAUCGAGCUGAAUCAAUACGACAGAUCGACUUUCUACUCUACAAUGAGCCCUCGGGGGUACAUUGACUAUGCAUUCUCCAAGGAAUGGCAGGCCGCACCCAAAGAACUAUAA